UAUUUAAAUUUCAUAUUCGAUAAAUUUCGCAUUCGAUUGAGUUCAUUCUUUGAAAUAUAGAUUUGUGGUCAAAUAAAUUUGACUUACAGAAUUAAUCAACAGUAAUAAAGAUAGAGCAUUAGUUAUGUCGAAAUGGAAUUGAAGUUAUUCCGAUUCUUGUGGAAAACUUAAUCAGUACUAGUUAUUUACAUUGAUCGAUUUAGGACGGAAAAGAAAAUUUGAAAACAAAAUCCAAAUACCACUGAUGUUGCACAUACGUUAGGUAAAGGUGGCAAUAACAUGGAUAUCGAUCAAUCAGAAAUAUCAAGAAUUUCAGAUGAUAAUAUUGACAACCACGAAAUUGUUGACAUCUCGGAUGAAGUGUCUAAUGAAGUCUUAACCGAAUCUGCUAGACAUGGAGAAUCAACAAAUCUUACAUCAUCCGCGAGAAAAUUAGGAGUAGAUCGCCAGUCACGAAAAUUUAGAAUUCCUGUCACAAUAUGGAUACUGGUCACAAUAUUAUGCCUUUCAGCAUUGGUUUUCGAAGUUGUACUUUGGGGACAAACUGGUUUUGGAACUUUACCCAAAAUUUUUCUGCAAGUUUUUGUCAUCAUCAUCAUUAUAACGGCUUUAUCUCAGAUUAUUGUAAUCAAAUGGUCGAAUGAAUUAAAUACUAUGGAAAGUAUUACUAAUUUAAUACACAAUUAUACAUAUAAUAAGAACACUCGGGUCUCACCAACUUAACGGAACUUUCAAUAAGAUAAGGUUAAUAAACAUUAAUUAUUUUUCAGCA